CUGGGGACGGAGCUCGGCUGCCUUGGCUCUGCAGGAGGGGUAGGAGUGGCAGUGCUCUCUUCUCGCCGCAGCCCGGACUGUCCUUGAGUCGCGGAGACCCUUGCCCCCGGCGGGCGCCGCCGGUAAAUGGGUUUUUCUUCCCUGGGGAUAAAGCCAUGGCUGAAAUGAGUGAUAUCAAUGUACAAAAACUAACCAUUGUUCAGCAAGCAAUAGCCUCUUGUUGUGGAGCUAUAAUUACAUCAUUAUUUGUAACUCCUCUUGAUGUUAUCAAAACUCGACUGCAAGCCCAAAGGAAUCCAUUCCAUGACGGAAAGUGUUUUGUAUACUCCAGUGGCCAUGUGGAUCAUGUAUAUAUUUGUGAAAAUGGGGAGAGCAAAGCCUGGUAUAAAAAACCUGGGCAUUUCAAAGGGACUUUGGAUGCAUUUGUGAAAAUUAUUCGAAUAGAGGGAAUUAGGUCGCUGUGGAGUGGGCUUCCCCCAACACUAAUAAUGGCAGUUCCUACCACAGCAAUCUAUUUUACCUGCUAUGAUCGGCUGUGUGAAGCUUUGAAAAAUAGACCAGGAAAGCAUGAUGAGCACAUUCCAGUUAUUGCAGGUUCCUUAAGCAGAUUUGGUUCUGCCACAGUGGUGAGUCCCCUGGAGCUGAUCAGAACUCAAAUGCAGUAUCGCAGGUCGUCCUACAAGCAGCUGUACCUGCGUAUCAGCACCAAAGUGGCUGUGGAUGGCUGGUUCUCCCUCUGGCAGGGCUGGGCUUCGACUAUUCUGAGAGAUGUACCUUUCUCAGCAAUGUAUUGGUAUAAUUAUGAACGUUUCAAGAAGAUGAUGUGCAAGGAAGUUGGUGCACAUGAACCCACAUUUUUUGUUUCUUUUACUUCAGGAGCUGCAUCUGGCUCUAUUGCAGCUGUUGUAACUCAGCCAUUUGAUGUAGUGAAAACACAUAGGCAGACUCAACUUUGGGAGAAUGAGACCUUAAAAAUUCCACAGAGGGACAGUAAAUCAACCUGGGCAGUUAUGAGGAAAAUUGCUGCUAGAAAUGGGAUUACUGGAUUAUUUGCAGGUAUUACUCCACGGCUGUUUAAAGUUGCUCCUGCUUGUGCCAUAAUGAUCAGCACGUACGAAUAUGGAAAGUCUUUCUUUUCUCAUUUAAAUGAAAAAAAGAAUCAACACCCAUAGUUCCUCUUCGUCCAAUUCUAUGAAGGAAAAGUAUAUGAUGGAAGUUGUGCCAAAUUUAAAUCUGUGAAGAUGGUUUCUAGAAUUCCCAGUGAAUUUCUACCGUUAUAUUUGCUGGAGAGAAAAAAUAAAGGAAGGAAGAACAAAAGAAAAAGGGAGGAAGAGAAGAAAAAUUGAGGCUGGACAUAGCAAUGAAGAAUAGUGACUUCCACUGUGUAAA